GGCUGUGUGUGUUUCCGAGUAACUUGUUGCACGCCCCCCUCACUCUGACGCAAAGUAACACAGACUGCGCGCUUUAGUUCAAUCCGGCUGUUCUUGCGCCAGACUUGGUUUGCUGUCUUCUGGCGUCUAACAAUGCAGACCGAGCCACAAAAGUUUGAAAUGUUAUCUUUGCGUACGGAUCAGAAGGCGAGGGGUCUCCGGAAUGACUGCAGCUUGGUUUAAGCUCAAAGUGUUGCUAUCUCUGUGGAAGAAAAAAAACAACCUUUUAAACAGUCAGUGGGAGAUACUAUCAUCCGUGAGAUUAUUUUGUCUUCCUUUCUUGAUUUUGCGAGAACUCUGAGGGUCUGCAACUGGAAUAUCAAUUAGGAUUGACUAUAUCAUUCUGAAGAUUCUUUUUAAUUCAGUGGCAUCUUAUUGGCGUUUUGUUUUGGAAAAACUCUUGGAUACUAACUUGUUGGUAACUUUUGGAGACAUUGGAUCUGAAUUACGCACGGGAUUUCUCUAACAAAUGAAAGCUUCCAAGGGUUUUUUUGCACCCUUAAUUUACCCUCUCGGCUCCUUGCAUCGCACCAAUCCCAGGCAUCACACUCCCCUUAUCAGGUGAGGUAACCACGGGGAGUGAAAGUUUUCCAGUUUCUUCCCCGAGGAUGUGGGGAGGAGGUUUCCCGACGUAUGUUACCGUGAUCGUGACUCUUGUCCUGGUCAUAAUCGACGUGAAGGCUAGCGGGGAGUACUGCCAUGGCUGGCACGACUCUCAGGGCGUGUGGAAAGAGGGUUUCCAGUGCCCGGAGAAGAUCGACGGAGACGACGCGAUCAUCUGUUGCGGGAAAUGCGAGCUGCGCUACUGCUGCUCCAGCACAGACGCACGACUGGACCAGGGGAGCUGCGACAACGACCGGCAGGCUCAGGAUCCCGGCACAGAGAGCAAGGAGAACAAGGACUCUGGUGCAGUGCCCAUCUAUGUGCCCUUCCUGAUCGUGGGCUCUGUGUUUGUAGCUUUCAUCCUGGUGGGCUCUGUGGUCGCUGUGUGCUGCUGCUGCCUCCGGCCCAAACAGGAGCUGACAUCAGGAGGUGCGACAGGAAGUGGGGCUGGCAGUGGUCGCCUCUUGGAGACCAUCCCUAUGAUGGCCAGUGCAGGGACUUCCAGAGGCUCAUCCUCCCGCCAGUCCAGCACAGCAACCUCGUCCAGCUCUUCCGCCCCACCGGCUGCCCCACGCCCUGCUCCCCCUCCCCUCAUGCGGGCUCAGGCCUCCUGCUGCCUGCCCCCGGAUGCUAGCGUCUUUGUGAACAUGCCCACUAACUUCUCUGUGCUCAACUGUCAGCAGGCAACACAAAUCAUGCCUCACCAGGGACAGUUUCUGCACCCACAGUACAUCGGCUAUGCCCACCCUAUGGCCACUACCACGGCCUACUUGGACCCCACUCAGGGAGGAUACAGACCCCUCCAGUCCCCCUGCCCUCCUCCCACUGGUGGGUGCAGUGUAACCAGUGACCAUAAAUUCCCUCCUGUGACUGUAUGACGAGGGAGCGACGUGCAGACCACUCUAUUGUGAAGUUUAAACCUGUGAGGGCGGUGCCAGAGACCUUUUUUAAGGGACGCUGCUGGAGUGGGGAAGGAAAGCAGGAAAUCAGACUCACAUGAAGGACUCAUGAGGCAGCAGGGUCUGCCUUACUAUUGUGUGAUUUGUGUGUCUGUUUAUUGUCUGUAAUAUGAUCUCUUGGCAAGUUGGGAUGAGCUAAACUCAGCAUAUGAUGGAAUACAACAACAAAUUCUGUCUUGAUUCAAAGGCAAAACUGCAAAUUGGAUGGUGCAACAGCCCAUAUGGACGGCCAUGCAUGGCUCACUGCAGCCCACAUGACAAACAAGGACUGUGCAUGUGGGAUUCUGUGUAUGUUGAAAGAGAGCGAGGGAAAGAUUUGUUGGCUUGUACGAGCUGGAUUGAGUGAUGACUGAUUUUUAGCAGUAAACUGUAUGAAAAGUGGAUUUUUGAGCAAAAAAAAAUGAUGGCCACAUGCCGUGUUUGCUAUGUGCACAUCUGCACCGACAUACAGUGCAUGUUUGUUUAUGUAGAAAGUAUGAGGAGUGAAAGCAUGUGAAGAGAUGUUUGUACUGUAUGUAUGCGAGUUAGUGUGAAGUGUGGAUGGACAGGGCUGUGUGAGUAACAGUGAGAGAGUGUGUGUGUGUGUAAUGGGAAAUGCAGGUGGUGUGAUGUGAAAGGCAGUUGCAAUCUCCCUGCAGACCAUUUAAACUCUAAUGAAGUGAACACAGGACAUAGACUGUGACGCUCCACCCAUACACUACACCUCCAGCCCCCUACUCUUGCCACCCAAAAAGAAAAAAAAAAACACCCCCCCCAAAAAAAAAAUCCUCAACUGCCCUAAACGGAAACACACCAACUGAAUAGAAAGCAAUGACGCAAAACAGUUAAUGUACCUGACAAGUGUGAGUGUGUGACAGAGAGGGAGGAGUCAGUUCUAUGAAGAUCACAGCUGAGUUUUUUUUUUUUUUUAACACUGCAAAAAACUCUUUCAAAUACCCCCUUUGUUUCUCUCCUGUUACAAGUGUGUAUUUAACACUCCUACAGUUCGGUGCAGAGGGCAAACGCAGCUCCGGGGAAGCUUGAGUCAUUAUUUUCCACUGUGAAAAGGCACAAAAAUUGUGGUUAUAAGUUGCUAAUCCCAAAAAAAAAAACGAUUGGAAGUUGCAUUUUGAAGUCUUUCAUUGUACUGUGGUGCAGCUGGGUCACAGGUAACUCAGUAAUAUGCAACUUGAGGAAUGUGCUGCUCCACUGAGCAUGCAGCAUGAGAUGUCCCUAAGUACUGAAUAACUGGUAUGUUUGCAUCUGCUCUCCAAGCACAAUGUCUGUUAGACACAGUGGGCAGCUUGUGUGUGGUGAAAUAAGAUCUGUAGAAUGAUGAAUGAAAAUGUGUCCAAUUUUGAUGCCAUAUGAAUACUACAAAUAAACAGCUUUUAAGCACCAUUAAAAAAAACA